AUGGAGUUAAGUGAGCAAUCAAAGCAAGAACAGCAGCAAUCGGAGAAAGAAGGAUUUGAAUAUAUCGAUGUAUUACUGGAAAAUUUGGAACAACGUAGACUAUUCGCUAACGAUGAAAAUUCUUCCAUCCAUUUCUCCUUAAACGAUGUCUACAUGCUUUACAAAGUGGUUGCGGAGGAGUUCAGUGAAAAGUUACAUCAGAGUAUAUUGAAUGGUGAUAAUGUGGAACAUUUGACUCAUUUUCCGGAUUUACUGGAAGUCUAUUGUACUGCUGAUCGGAACUCACAAACUGCAAAUGUAAUAUCGGACGAGCAAAUAAUAUGGACGAUAGGAGAAUUCAUCUCAGUUCUUUCAUCACCGAUUGUUUACAGAAAAUUUGGUGGCCUUUACCAAGAUUGUAUUAUUGAGCUCAUUAAACUUCUACGACCACCUGACAUUCUUUUCGUGCAGAAACAAAUUGUUUUAAUUUUAAAGGAUGUGGUAGAUAAAAAAUGUCGUUUGGUAUAUAACAUUAACAGCGACCACGGACAAGUGAAAUUCGCCACCCCAAUGGGUGAUAUCGUUUUAGGACCAGUGAUAUUUACAAUCACUUAUUUAUCGGGCAGUGAUUCAGUUAUUCAGGAUGUCUUACUAUCAAUUUUACAACAUGGAACAGUGGAUGAAACAAUUAUGCAAAACAAUGAUGUUUUGAUAUAUCUAUGGUUUUCUUUGUUACAUGUUAUCCUUAUAGGUGUAUCGCGAGUGAAGAAUAAAGCAAUAUUGCUUACGCAACGAUUGCUUUCAAUGGAUGCGUGUAAUCCAAUGUUUGCGGAUUUAUUAUUUGAUGAUUUAAUGGCCGUAGAACGAUGGCUUUAUCAUUUGGCACCUGAAAUAUUUGGUAAUGAAGAAUUACGCCUAAAAGAAGCGUUAGAAACUUGUGAACGUACUUUUGGCGAUGCUGUUCGGAAUAUCGAUGAAUGCGAAACAUUCAAUAAAACUGAUUUCUCUUAUUUCCUGAAAUGGACAGAACAAAUUGCAGAAAUAUGCUCUUCACAUGUAAGACCAGAUGAGCGUUUGGUUAAUAUGUUGAUCGAUUUGUGCUCUGUAAAUUUACGAGUUGAAAAGAGUGUUCGAGAGCAAUGUUGUGUUCUGUCUACUUAUUUGUAUACAGUUGUGAAGAAAAUUUUUCAAUGUGAAUUACAAAUAAAAGCCGAAAAUGUCGGUGAAUUAUUUGAGUUCAUUUUUGUGGUGCUGGAGCAUAACGAUAUUAAUUCAUCAUUACUGAUUAAUGAACUUACUGAACAGUUAGCACUUGCUCGACAACGUUAUUCUGAAAUCGAGAUGACGAAAUAUUUGCGAAUAAGAGAAAUGAUGAUUGUUGCAUUGAAACAAAUAUUGGAAAAGGAUAAAAGCAGUAUUUUUAUUGCUAAGAUUAUUCCUGAAACUGCAGAAGUAAUAGAGAUUAUUGAAAAUAUUUCAAAAAUGCCAGAUGUUGCUAAAGAGACUCUAGCUGCAUUAAUUUCACUUAUCUCAUCGUUCACUGAAUGUGUCGAGAAGGAAGCAGAUUUCUGGCUUUCUGUUAUUUCAUUACCUUGGCUUCAAACAAUGGAGUUGGUUGCUGAUCUGAAACAUUUUGAUUUAGCAUUACCAGCGUUAUCAAAAAUUUACAAUUUAUCACUACGUUGUAGUCAAUAUUUGUCACUUGAUAUCAAAGCCAGUACGAUUCCAGCAUUGGGUCAUUUAAAUGUUUGUCCGGAAUGGCGUCGCAAAGUAUACAUUGCAGCUUUAACAUCGGUAGAAAUAUCUUUACUGAGAACAGCUGUAGAACAUUUUCCUUCUUUUAUUUUCUCAACAGACAGAAAUGAAUUUGAAUUUCUUCUAAGCCAUGUGUUAUAUCAUGGGAUGCAUGCACUUCAAAAGGAUGACAAAGCUGAAUUAUGUUCUGCUGUUUUAAAAGCGGUAGCAAGAACAUUAUGUUUCGUGAGUAUGGAGAAACGGCUAGCUGAUGAUGAGAUAUGUAUGAUGUGUCGAGGAAAACAAACUGCUAAUCGAAAUUUGGAAAUCAAUUUGGAUAAGAUUUUUGAACUUAUAAAAAAAGCUGUAUAUGGUAAUAAUGCAGUAAAAUUAGGUUGCUGUGAAUUGUUGGCCUCUUUGCUCAAUCAUAUUUCCUUCUCGGUAUUGAAAAGAUAUGAAGCAGAAAUGCAUUGCACAUUGAUUUUGAUGAAAGAAUCUGAUGAAGAUCUACGAUCCGAAUUUCAAUGGUGCUUAAAACCUAUGAUGGAACUGAAACUUGAAAAUGUACAAAAUGAAGUAAUGCAAGCUAUUAAUGAUCUACAAAAAUUACCAAAAACAUUCGACAAUUUCAAAUUGCAUGCAAUAUUCUGCUUGACUAAUUCGCAAAAUGACAAUCUUUUUCUGAUAUGCUUGAAUCAUCUUCUGAAUAUAGCAAUUAUAUCUGAUUAUGCAUUUGUUGUUGCUGAAAUUAAACAUGCUAUUGAGGAUCGCAUGGAAAAAUAUUCAUCUAAUUUACAUCCUCGACAAUGGUUUCUUCGAAAAAAGAAAUAUAUAAUGGAAAAUCUUACCAAACGAAUAAUCUUUGAAUAUUCUGAAGGAACAAGGUCUCUAGAAACAGAAAUUGUUGAUGAAAGGUUUGAAGGAAGUAUCGAAUACGCUUUGAGUGUUCUUGUUGAGAUAUUUGAUUUCUCAAAAGAUGAUAUCGAAAGUUUCAUGCGAGAUGUUUGUCCUGAAAUUGUUACUUCUCUUCUGCUAGACUGUAUAGCGGAAAAGGAAAAAGUGCAAUUGGCAUUGAAUACUAUCGCACGAUUGCGACGAGUACAACCAGAAAUUUUGAUGGAAGAAUCUUUGCCAUUACUAUUAGUCAAGCAUCUUUUCAAGGAUUUAUCGAUUCAAGUUAUGCAGAAUGCUCUAAAUUUUAUUAGCUUUUAUACAAAAGGAGGUUGUAACUGGUCAACAUUGGUUUCGAAAAAAGCUUAUGAAUGUACGGUUUGUUUGCUGCAACAUUUAUGUGUUCAUGAAGAAAAAGCAAUGAUGCAUAUCAAAAAUUUACAUAAAUUAACCUACGGUCGAAACUGUCCAUUCAAUUUUACCGCUUUCAUCAGGGAAAGUUAUUUGGGAAUUUUGUUGCACUUUCGACAAGCUAUCAGUGAUGAUCGAUUCUAUGAUGAACGACUGAUACUGGUAUCAAGUCUCUGUAAAGUGAUGGCAAUGAUCAAAGUAGAUGGCACUGAUUUUCUUGAUCAAACUGCUGAUAAAAUGUUGAUUGUUUUACGCGCUUUUACACCAUUAGGCAUUGUUGUUAUUGAAAUAUGGAAAGUUUAUUUAAAAACUUUGUCAGAUGAGGUUUUGGUGAAACUUUUGCCGCAAACUCUAGUUUCAAUCAUUCCGUUGUUGCGAUUUGAGCAGGCUCGAGAGCUAUUAAGAUAUAUUUUCGAAGAAAGGCAAUUACACUUUGCAGCAAAUGGAGAUUUCGAACGCAUCGCUUUGGUUUUUUGGAACAAUCCGAAAAUUUCAAUCAAUGAAUACCUUUCACCGGAACUUGGAAAGUCCCCACCAGAACUGGUUUUCCAUGCAUGCGCUUCUUUACUGAAAGAAAGUUAUGAAGAAGUUGGUGAAGUGAUAUUGCAUAAAUUAUUAAGUUUACUUAAUGAAUAUCGUGAAUUAACAGAUAGCUGCUUUGAUAAUAUUGCUGCAGAAUUGGUUCCAUCAUUAUUGCAAAUUAUACGAAAAAGUUCAUUGUCGGAAUGUCGUUACUUAGCUUCUUUAGCGCUUGGUUGUUUGGGUGCUGUUGAUCCAGGUCGUAUUGGUUUAUCAUUGGCGCGUAAUACAAAUGCAAAUGUUGAUCAGCAUAAUGCCCGAUUUGUAUUUGUUGAUUCUGGAGACCAGUUUUACAUUGAACUUUUGGAGCGAGCAGCGGUAGCCUUUUCCGGAAUACUGGAUGCUAGCAUGCAAGUUGAAUGUUCGUAUAGUAUACAAACUGUUUUACGGGAACUCUUUGGAAGACAUGGUUCAGAGAGCUCAAGUCUAUGGGAUAUGUUAAGCGAUCAGUGUCGAAACUCACUGUCAAUGUUAAGGAAAUCAAGUUUUAUACUGCAUAAGCCUCUCCAACAUCUUCCAACAAAAAGACCAAUAAUAGAAUGUGAACAAGUGAAGGAUUUUAGAAGUUGGUUGAAUCUAUGGUAUAAAAUAACAGCUGCUAAAAUACGCCAUGUGAAGUUAAAAAUUUUCUUUGGUGCUUUAGAAGGCUUGGUAAAUGCAGAUAUCGUCUUUGCUAGCUUUAUCUUACCACAGUUAAUUCUUCAGAGUAUCAUUGAGCACAAUUUAACAUGUAUGAAUGAGGUUAGUAUGGAAAUAACUGCGGUGCUGCAGAAGUCAAUUAUUGAUAGUGGAUGGCCUCGAUCAGCUGCACAUUUGAUUUUUGCUGUCAUUGAUUGUCUGGAGCAAUUUACUUGUCAUCGUCGAUCUCUAAAAAUUCCAACUGAUAUGGUUCUUCAACGUACUCUCGAAAUCUUAUCAAAUGUGACAACGCAGACAACGAGUGAUGGGAAUUGUUUGAUUGUUGCUGCAGCUGGAGUAUGCCAUUGUACAACGAGGGCAUUGAAAUGGUGUGAAGAAUAUGCAAUUGGAUGUGAUGAGUAUGGCCAGACGUUAUUCAAACCGGAUCAGUUUAGCUUUCUUGAGAAAAUUUAUUUCGAUCUGGGUGAUAUGGAUGGUGUAGCUGGUGCUUUUGAAACGAUACGUUCGUGUGCUGAACCAACUAUAAAUGAUCGAAUUUUAUCAUUGGAAGCUGAUGGAAAUUACUGGGAUGCAUUACCUUUGUAUAAAAAAUCAACUAAUGUCGAGCCUUCCUAUACCAAAUGUUUGCUACGUCUGAAUGAACCACGAUUAGCGCUGAGUGGCAUUACUGAUUUAUUAGAAAAAUCCGAAAGUGUCGAAUUUCAAGAAAAAUUACGUUCAUGUCAACUAGAAGCAAUGUGGCAAUUACAGCUCUGGGAUGAUUUAACAGAUUUGUUAUGUAAGAAGCCUAAAACGACAACAUGUGGUGCCACAUAUGCAACAAUAAUUUGUACUCUAAGAAAUCAACAAUUCAAUUUAAUGGAUGAUUAUUUAGUCAAUGCACGAAUGCGUUUGGCAGAUGCAUUAACUGCUAUGACAAUUGAAGAUUCAGAUACCUAUACACAGGCCUAUAAAACUAUUACGCAAUUACAUAUACUAUCAGAAAUAGAAGAUGCGAAGAGUUCACUUAAAUUAGAAAAUGGCGAAAUCUUAGCAGUGGAAGAUUUGACCAAAGUUUUGAAUGUUUGGCAGAAGCGUGCAGCAAAAGCAAUUCAAAGUGCUAGUGUUUUGGAGCCUAUCUUGAAUGCUCGUCGAAGCUUAUUGAGUUUACUAGAUGGUGACAUUGGACGAGGUUCAAUCUGCGAUCUCUUUUUGCAAAGUUGUCGUUUAGCGAGACAUGAUGGACAUUUACAAGUUGCUUGGUCAUAUCUUAUUCAAGCAAAAGACUUGCAUAUUAAUCAGUUUGAAGUUGAAAUGGAAGAAGCUCGAUAUCUUUUUCAAAAGGGAAGUCAGGUUCAAGCAAUACAAAUUCUCUCAAAUUUGUUAAAAAGGCAUUUUUCUGAUGAGAUGCAACAGCUGAAAAAUAUCUCAUGUGAAGGAAGAGAUAUUUGUUGCAGUGAGGAAGAAUAUGCUGGAGAAUUAAGAAGAGGAAAUGAAGACUUUGUCAAGGCUCAAUUAUUAUUUGCUGAAUAUUCACUAAGAGCAGGAGCGGGCAGUUAUGGAGAUUUUUAUAAGACAUAUUUCUCACUUCCUUUAAUUGCUGAACCUUCUGAAGAUUUAUUCUAUCGUAUAGCAGUUUUCUUCGAUAAGUAUUUGUACAGUAAAAACGAAAAUGCUGAAGCUAAUAAUGUUACAAUGAUUUUAAAAGCCUAUAGACGAGUAUUAAAGCAUGGAAAGAGAUACUUGUUCCAUGUUAUGCCACGAAUGUUAAGCAUAUGGUUGGAUUAUACACAAAAAAUGGCUGAAAAUGGAAGUACACAACUAUCAUUGAAGGUACACGCAAGAGGAUUACCAUUGAAAUGUUUAUCAAACGAAGAUAAAUGUGUUCGAGAGAUGAAUGGAGUAAUAUACGAUGGUUUCAAAUGCAUUGAUCAUUAUAUGUUUUAUACAGCAUUUGCUCAGCUAAUUUCACGUAUUACUCAUCCAAAUGAGGAUGUCUUUCAAACAUUAAAGAUGAUUUUGUCUACAUUAAUGGUAGAAUAUCCACAUCAAUGUUUAUGGCAAUCAAUUGCUGUCUUUCGUUGUGAUGCUGAUAAUCAACCAUUACGUUUUAUUCGUUGUCGUGCUGUAUAUGAUUUAGCUAAACGUACAGAUGAAACUGGUCAAUUAAAAAAUUUAAUUCCUCAAUAUGAAUAUGUUGCAGCUGCUUUCAUCAGAGUUGCAGAAGAUAAUUGUCCAAUAGGUACGCAAUCACCAUUUAGCCAACGUUAUGCCUAUCUUUCGGAAUAUUUUCGGAGCGGUAAAAUGAGUCCAGCAAUUUGGACAACAGAAAGAGCUCAAGGAAAAGAGACGAAAGAGCCGAUUCGGCCAUCAAUUGUAGUACCACUGCAUAAGAUGAUCGAGCAAGCAAUUCCAACAAAUAUUUUGAGCACAUUAUCACAAUUUCCGGAUGCAAAUUUGGAACAAACUCUAUCAGCAGCUUCGAGUAAUACCAAAUUCAGCACCAUUUAUAUUCAUUCAAUUGAUGAAGAGUUUACUGUAAUGAAAUCAUUAGUACGUCCCAAAAAGAUAACUAUAGUGGGGUCUGAUGGUAAAAAGUAUCCGUUAAUGUGCAAAGCAAAAGAUGAAUUACGUAAAGAUGCUCGUCUUAUGGAUUUCAAUCGGAUGGUAAACGCAUUAUUACAUCAAAAUGCAGAUGCCAGACGUAGACAGCUUCACGUUCGAACAUACAAUGUUAUUCCAUUACAAGAUGCAGGUGGUUUAAUUGAAUGGAUUCCAAAUCUUCAAACUUAUCGAGGUGUAGUGGAGCAGCUGGUGAAAGAAAAAUGUAAUAGCGUAAUGAGCGAUAAAGAAUGGUUUAGUCGAUGGAUACCUAAUGGAACUGAUGAAGAAAAAUUAGCAAGAUUACGAACCGAAUACUAUCCAAGACAUCCAAUUGUAAUGCCGGAAUGGUUCAGGCGUUCAUUUUCGGAUUCAUGUCAUUGGUACGCAGCACGUUUAGCUUUUACGUAUACGUCAGCAGUGAUGAGUAUGGUUGGUUUUAUAUUGGGACUUGGAGAUCGACAUGGUGAAAAUCUUUUACUCGAUCUUGUCAGUGGUGAUGCAAUUCAUGUAGACUUCAAUUUAUUGUUUAACAAAGGAGAGAAUUUGAAUGUUCCUGAAGUAGUACCAUUUCGAUUAACACGUAACAUUGUUGCUGGUUUCGGAGCAACUGGUGUCGAAGGAGCAUUUCGUCGUUCAUGCGAAACAACAAUGCGUGUAUUACGUGAACAUGAUGAAGCAUUACUCACUGUUUUGCAAACAUUUGUGCAUGAUCCACUUCUAGAAUGGAUGCAUAGUGAAAGUCGUGCUCAACAAUAUAAGCAGCGAAAGCGAAAUGAUGCUAAAUUAUCACCACCAGUAGCACAGCAACAAGCACAAGAAGCCAUUGAUAUGAUACGAUCCCGUCUAAUAGGUCAUAUUAUAACACCGAAAAUUUAUCGCACAGAAACAAAUAAUCCACCAAUGAGUAUUGAAGGACAAGUUGGUCGAUUAAUUGAUAUUUCUCGGGAUGAAUUAAAUCUUGCCCGAAUGUAUAUUGGCUGGUGUCCUUUCAUAUAA